AUUUUGCCUAUAUAAGUUGGAGAAUAGAAGACAUCAUCAUUUCAUUUCUUCAUCAUCAUCAUGUCAAUCUCAAGGGAGACGAAGAUUCUUGAUGCAAUAAUCGAUGAAAAGAAAAUGGGAGAGGCAAAUGAUGAACUUGAUGCCGUUGAAAUCAACUGCUUGGGAUAUGGUUUCAGGGAUUAUGAAAAUGCUGAAAGUGGAGGACAGCAGGGUGUUGAAGACUUUUACAAGAUGCAACACAUUAACCAAACAUUUGGUUUUGUAAGAAAAAGUUAUCUAUUAUGUUUUGUAGUAAGUGAAUUUAACUUUUACUCAUAAUUUUUUUUCGUUGCCCAGUAAAUUUUAGUUGAGUAAUCUAAUUAUGUAGUUUUAAUAGGUGAAGAAA